GCACGGACGAACAAUACCUCACACAGCAUCCUGGUGUCUUCACUCCUGUCGCAAGCCUCCAACCAGACGAACGUAACCAACGGCUGCCCUCCAUCUCACUCGAAAGCCGCUCAUCUGUCCACCAUGUCCUGUGCGUUCACCGUCACGAUAAUGCUUCUGGGCUCUUCAGUUGUGGUUGCGUUUGUCUUGCAGCCAUCCAAUGAAGAACCUGCAGCCUCUGCCACCUCUCCCCAAAGGUGCCAUGGUGAGUCGCUGCAGUCCAUCAGGAAGAGUCUCCUCAGUGCUCUCAACUUGCGGGCUGAGCCGCGGCUUCCUGCCGGUGAGCUGGACGCCGUCCGAGGGCUAUGGCAGAGCACCUUCAGUGUCAUUUCUCAAACAGACAAGGACAGCGCAGCAGUCCCUGUGUCACCUGAGGAUGGAAACCGUACAAGCCUGAAGUGCUGCUCCCUGGCCUCUGAGAUAUUCAUGAAAGAUCUGGGCUGGAACAACUGGAUGAUCCAUCCUUCCAGCCUGACCGUUGUUCAGUGUGGACUCUGCGACCCUGAAACUAACGCUGUGCAGUGUCCACCAUCCCACACCAACGUCCAGGACGCUGACUCACAGCUCCAUGUGCCGUGUUGUCAGCCAAACUCCCAGGAAAUGGUGCCUGUCGUCUACGUGGACGAAUCCGGCACCGUUGUCAUUUCCUCCAUGCAGCUGACCCGCGGCUGCGGCUGCGGAGCUGGAAACAUCCAGCAGCCCAGCAAAGAGUAAAGUUGAUUAAAUGUGACAUCUGUGAGCCACCUGGCGCAUAAACAAAGAUACAAAACUUAGAAGUAGAUAAUACCUCUGUAUGCAGGCCUAUCUUCUCCAACAAACACUCAUGUUGCUUCUUCAACACUGAGCGUGGGAACCCAAGCGAUGGCUCUUUAAGACCUCAGUUUUGCAUUCCUGUUCCUCUGUUGUGACCAGAAAGAAUGAUGCAGGUGGCAGCACAGAUUUGUUGAGUUAUUAACCAACCACACAACUAAUCACGAUUAUAUGAUCUUUUUAUGGCGGUUGUAAUUCUCAAAUUACAAUCUAUGUUUGUGUGAUAUUGUUUUUAAUCAGCAGUUAGGCCUACCAACACCGACACUUUGUCAUAUUUGCUGCCAGUUUAUCUAUUUUUUUCUUUUAAAGGUCAUGAGUUCAGAGCCCUAUUUAUAGUUGUUAGCAGUUACUAAGUGUUCCCUCCAAAAAUCUGAGACAUGUCCAGAACCAAAUGCUCUCACAGGCCAGUUUUUCUUUUCUGAUCUGAAAAAACAACUAUUUCCUCUCAUGGAAAACAUUUCGACUCAAUCCCGACAGGCGAAAUGACGUGAUAUGAAAGCAGCCAUUUGUUUUUUCUUUGAAGUGGUAAAAUCUUCAAUGCUGAGAAGAGAGGUAUGUGCUCAUUAGCCAGACUCCCUGCACCCUCAAAACUUGGUAUAAGAGGUCUGCUGGGUAAACAAACAUCUAUGCUGUACUUUUCCACAAACUUCCACUGGCCAUGCUCCAUCUCCAGGUUUCAGCAAGAAGAAAAGAUUUUAAAAAACAAAAAACUGUGACUUUAUAAAGUGUUACUGGUGUAAUACAAUGAAUUGUCAUCUAAAAUGUGAUCUGUUUGUUUUAUUUUAAUAUUUUAUAUAUAAUUUUUAUUUACCUUUACUCUUUUCAGUCAAGGCAUGUAUUCAUCAGAAAUGUUUUGUUUGAUUUACAUGUGAGCUUUUAUAUUCAUUAGUUCUGGUGACCGGUUAUAGUUCUCAGUUUUUAACACACAACUCGUUUGUUGUUUGGUUGUUUGCUCCCACUUUACCAAGUUACCUCACCAUUCACAUUUUUCUAGUAUUUUUUACAAGUGAAGUGCUACUUAGCGGUGAUUCGUCACCUCAACUUAAGCAAUACACUAAGAUCGAAUGCAACAUAUUUUAUUAUGCUUAUGACACUGAUUUACCAUCUUAAUCAUUUGUACAAAAUCAGUGAUUUCUUAACAUUUAUUUGAAUAAAAAUGAUUGAAAUUA